UACACGGACAUUCUAAAUCAAUCUCUUCCACCAACCGUAACGGCAGUGCAGCGUUGUAAAGCUCUUUUGGCUUGUGCUAAAAAAAAACCCCCCAGUGUAGUUUGAUGAAACCCAUCCGUGAACAAUGUGAUGAAGUAAUCCCCUGGGACCUGGAUGAGAAAAGUUCACCGCUCAAGUGAUUUAUGUCCUCUUCGUAAGAGUCUAUUGGCUUUGUAACAAGUUCGGAAGGAGGAAAAGUAGCUCACUCUUUCCAAGUGCAAAUCCCGGAUCCAUCAAUCUAUAAACGUAUCCUCAAGUGGAGUUUCCUUGUUCGUCUGUUCCUCCCAUAUUCCUCCAGCUCCCGGAGUCGAGAGGAAAAGUUUCGGGGAAAACCUUGAAAAGUGUGUGCGGCUAGCCUAGGUGGAUGCAGUUUCAACGUUGAGCACUCAUCGUGCUCUCAGCUGCAGCAUCUUGCUCCGCCGCGCUUUGUGCUCGAGUUCAGUGCAAACAAACUGCUCCUCUAGGAAGAAAAUCGUCAAUAAAAUACAACCGUCGUGCUUUCGGAGCGGAAAAUAGUUCAACCGUCUUUUUUUUUCGUGUGUGCGAAAACGGACGUUUUUCCUCUCGUCGUAGGUGUUAAGGUUCGACGGGGGGAUUAUGUAGUGCAGACGUGUGACGUCGACGGCAACGGUGUCGGUGCAGAGGUGCGUUGGGUAAAAGUGCAAAAAUAGAUGCGAUUCUCGUAUGUGUGUGUGUGUGUAUGCGCCGGGGAGCCGCUCUCGCUCAUGACUCACAUCGUAAUCCUAGUAGCCUGAGGGUAAUCGCAUCGCUCCACCACCAUCCAGUCAUCCAUGGUUUUCGGCAAUUAAAUUACCUGUGUGCUGUACGAGAGUAACGAUGUCGGCAAGGUGCACGAUAAAAAGCCUAUCACCCACCCACCAAACCACCGUCAACGGAAGUGUGUAGUGUGAACAAUAGGCUUACCACCCCCCUGAUCCCAUAGCAAAAAUAAAAAGAAAAGAAAAAUCAAGUAUAUGAUACAAAGAAAUACCUAAGAAAAAUGUUCUUUGUGAAAUCACGCCGACCUUCCUCAGUUCCACUAGCCAUCGUCCCCAAUCGCCACGAGAAUCAGAAGCAGCACCAGUCAACAAGGGACGGCAAAUUUUCGUUAUGAAGGCACCGAAUCUCCGCAGAUCAAAUUGAUAAAAUCCGAAAAGGAGAUUAAACAUCACACACUGACAACCGCACGGAUCUAAACCCCCCGGGGGCAGGCAGACGAGAAUCGAACAGGUAAAACCGAGAGCAAAAUUAAUUCCUAUCAGCUCGGGAACAUGUAGAACAUCACCCACACACACAAAAAGCAACCCAAAAAGUCAUGGAAGAAACCCGCCCCACCCGCAAGGACCUAAAAAAGACCCAUGCCGACUCCUGGCCGAGUCGUGCGUCGCUUCCGGCGAGCCCAAAAAUCAUCAAAACCACCGAAGACGACCGGGAGGCCAAUAGCAUGUUCGACUAUUGCCCAUCGUCGUCGCAUACCUCCUCCUCCGGCGUGCAGUACGAGUACGGUGCCAUUAGUCCACGAUUCGAACACAAGCGCUUCGAGUACUGCUACCCGACUGUGUCCAAAGAGGACUCCUCCAAUAGCAUAUCACUCGAUAAUCAUGACAUAGAUCGUAAGAAGAAACGAAUUUACCCCAGCAAAACGCCGGAAAACUCCCUCGAAAAUGAACCGAUCCUGGACGGGUCGAACGCCAGCAGCAGUUCAAGGGCGGCCAAAUCACCCAGCCAUUCGCCUCGGCACUCUCACCGGCAGCUCAACAGUGAGAUCAACAUCACGUCCAAUCCCGGCUAUCAGGUCCUUCGCAACUCCCACUCGACGCUGGAUCGCACGUGUUCGGACAGCGUGGUGUCGUUGAAUUAUCACAAAUCGGCCAGCGAUUUGACACAGACGACGGCAGAAGCGACGGCAAUGACGACGAUGGGACCCGUUCCGGGGAGAAAGGGCCGGCGGCGAAGCAGCCACAAGGGGGGUGGCCUUGCCUACCUGGCCAGCCGAAAGGGUUCGCGGGACUCGGUGAAAAGUGGGGCUUCCAAUACGUCGGUGUUUUCCAACGAGGACGUUGGCCCGUUGGCAUUCCAGGCUUCCGCCCGUGGUCGGCAACGGAGGACGUCCAACUUUUUGGAAUUGCCCAUCCCGGACCAUGCGAGGCCCCGCGUCUGUUCCUUACCUGAGCGGCCGUACAAUCCCAGGCAAAGUGAUGACCUGUACCGGUUGAGGCACUUCUCCAUCAGCAAGGGGACGGUGGUCAACUGCGGUGAUUCCAUCAUCUCGCGGAGAUCCAGGAGUAAUACCAGCGUCAAUUCCACUGCGAGUCGGGCCAGCGAACGUUCGCCAUUCGACGGUUCGUGCUGCGGGGGAGGGUACGCCACGGUUGACUCGCUGCCUUCAUCCCCUAACGCCGAGGAGGACGACAGCGAACCCAUUCCAACGAGGUACCGGGUGGUGAUGGUCGGAGACUCCGGAGUCGGCAAGACGGCACUCGUCUCCCAGUUUAUGACGUCGGAAUACAUGCACACCUACGAUGCCAGCUUGGAUGACGAAUUUGGCGAAAAGACCGUUAGCAUUCUGCUAGACGGAGAAGAGUCCGAGAUGAUAUUUAUCGAUCACCCGAAUGUGGAGAUGAGUGUGGAGAACUCGUUAUCAACAUAUGAACCUCAUGCCUGCGUCGUCGUUUACUCGAUCGUGGACCGAAACUCGUUCCGGGUCGCCGAGGAGAUCCUCAACUAUCUGUGGCAGGAAAAGUACACCAAGGAAAAGGCGGUCAUCAUCGCGGCCAACAAGUCCGAUCUGGCCCGAUCCCGGGUGAUCAACACCUCCGAGGGUAAACAGUUAGCCACCUCGCGGGACGCGAAAUUCAUUGAAACGUCCAGCGGAAUCCAGCAUAACGUGGACGAACUGCUCGUAGGUGUGCUGAAACAGAUUCGACUCAAGGAACAACGUGAGAAGCGGGCCAGCGCCACCAACCUGCGCAAUUCGCGCACCCAGAUGUCGCUGCACAUUGCCAAGGAAAUUUUGCACAAAAUCUGUCUCACCGACAUAACCAAAUCGAAAAGCUGUGAAAAUCUGCACGUACUCUAAAGGCAAGAAGCAGAAGAAAAUAUAUACGGAAACCACGGAAAACAGAAGCAGGGUAAACUGAAAGUGAAAAUCCACGUAUAGGUGUUACCUAAUAUCAGACUUCCUCAGACUCACCUCUCAAGACUUUUGCAAGCUCAUUGCCAAACCAACAGUAGCAGCAGCAGCAGCAGCAGUAACAGCGUGUGUUGUAGUUAAAAUCGCGUACAUUGUGUAUCUACUCUUAAUUAAUUGAUCCCAACGUGGAAGUAAAGCAAACAGGUAAACCUCCAACCUCCA